AUGGCCUCGACGGGCGUGCCCAUCGAGCAGUCUCAAAGACCAGAUGACCCCUUGCUCCAAGACUCGCUGCCUGGCGCAGAGUCGCUCGACGAUGUCAGCGCCACGCUCGAAGAUCCGCGAAUCGACGGCGCCGUCUACCACGACUACCACCCGGACGUUCCGGAGCUCGCCUCGCCGCUGCCGGCCUCGCGCGGGCCGACGGCGGACCCGGUCGGAUCGUCUGCCGCUCCGCAGUCCAACCGCUCCAUCUCACUCUCGACACCACCGGCAGGCGCAACGACGCCCUUACGCAGCCUUUCGGGAGCAUCCGCGCCCGGCUCAGGCCCGGGCGUAGCUUCGCUUCGGGCCGGGCCCGACGACAACCUGCUGGGCAGCGCAGGCCUCGGCCAGAUGGGCACGCUGCUCUGGUCGCAGCGCGAGGAGAGCGUCGUGCGCAACCGGCAAGGCAGCGUCCUCACCCGCGGCCUCAUCCUCAAAACCGACCACUUUGCCGGCGCAGCCCGCUCGGCCCACCUCAACCUGCACCUCCAGGGCGCACCCAACUUCCGAAAGGCCGACUGCUCCCUCGAAGUCUACGGCGUCGCCCAGCCCACAAUCACCGGCCUCAAGACCAUCCUCUCGGUCCUCAAGGCCAGGCCCAGCCGCGACACGCCCCCUUCGACCACCACCACCACCACCACCACCAACUCGUCGUCCGGCGCCACCGGCUCCUUUCCCGGAUGGUCGCCCACCGCAUCGCCGAACGCGCGGCCGACGCAGCCAGCGGCAGAGACGCCAAUGUCCCGCCCCUCGAGGCCGUCGCGCAGGUGCGUGUGGGUCUGCACCCGAGAGGAGCCCGUCAUCUACGUCGGCGGCCGCCCCUUUGUGCUGCGCGAGGCCGAGCGCCCCCUCUCGACCUUCGGCCUCAGCAUGCGCGCCGACAACCUCGAGGCCAUCGAGCUCCGCCUCAAGCAGGAUAUCCUGCGCGAGGCGGCAAAGUACGGCGGCCUGCUCAUGGUCCACGAGGAGACGGCGUCGGGCGACAUGUCGCCCACCUGGAUCGCCGUCGACAGCGACUCGGUCUACACGGUGCGCCAGGUGUGGGACCGCGUCAAGCAAGAGGGCUGGAGCGUCGACUACCACCGCAUCCCCAUUGCCGAGGACCAGGCCAUCGAGAACAACUACCUCGACGCCUACACCCAGGUCAUCAAGGACCUCGACCCCACCCAGACCAGCCUCGUGGCCAACUGCGGCGUCGGCUUCACCCGCACCACGUUUGCCAUGGUCGCCGCCGUCAUCCUCCGCCGCAAGCAGAUGCUCCUCAACGGCCACCCCGACCCCUUUGCCGGACUGCUGCAGCGGCAGGAGGCCGCCGCCGCCGCCUCGUCGACCCGGAGCCCGUCGGGUGCGGGCGCCGGCGGCGGCGGUGGUGGCGCAUCGACGCCCAACUCGAGCGUGGCCAAGUCGAUCCGCCAGGCCACCGAGCAGCACGCCCACAACCGCACGCUGCUGCGGCUGAUCCGCGUGCUCAACGAGAGCCUCUCGACCAAGGACUCGCAGAGCACCAUCGAGAUCCUCCUCUCGCAGCCGGCGCUCCUCGAGGCGCUGCGCAAGGCCAACUCGGGCGACUACGGCGUCAUCCGCCAGCUGUCGGGCCUGCUCGACGAGGGGCUCGAGAGCAAGGCCGUCGUCGACGCCGCUGUCGACUCGUGCGCCCACGUCACCAACCUCCGCGAGACAAUCCUCCACUCGCGCAUCAAGUACUCGACCGACGCCCUCGACGCCGACCAGUCGACCUACCACCUGGAAAAGGCCGCCAAGUCGCUCGAAAAGUACUUUUUCCUCGUCGCCUUCGCCAGCUACGUCAACGCCAGCAAGACGGCCACCUUCCAGCACCGCUUCGCCAGCUGGCUCAAGAACCGCGUCGAAAUCUGGCGCGGCAUCACGAUGAUCCGAUCAAAGGGCCGCAAGCUCUACUUCUUCGACCCGGUCAGCGACCUCUCGGUCAUCAGCCGCGGCGCCGCGGGGGAUCUCAAGGCGUCGUCGCGCAAGCUCCAGGGCCGCUUUGGCGAGGUCUCGGGUCAGGGCGCCCAGGUGCCCGGCGACGAGUUUGCCGAGUACGUCAUCCGCAACCGUGCCGGCGUCGUGCUGAGGCCAUUUACGCUGCUCAAGUGCGACAUCUGGAGGAAGUUUAUCGAGCGCAACGCCGGCCUGCCGGUCCGCGGCACCGUCAACUUCCGCCGCAUCCCCGGCAGCAACAUCUUUGCCACGGGCCAGCCGACGGUCGAGGGCAUCCGCAACGUCGUGGCGCAGUUGCAGGAGUACUACCAGCCGCCGCCGCAGCAGCAGCAGCAGCACAGCUACCUCGACGGGGAGGACGCGGCGGCGGCGAUGGCGCCCGACGCCUAUCCGCCGACGACGGUGACCUGGAUCAACCUGCGCGAGGAGCCGCUGGUCUACGUCAACGGCAAGCCCUACUGCCUGCGUCAGAAGGGCAUGUCGCUGCGCAACAUCAAGGCCUACAGCGGCAUCAACUGGGACCGCCUGCUGCUGCUCGAGGACCGGCUCAAGAACGACGUGCUCAACGAGCUCGAGGCGGGAGAGGGCCGGCUGCUGCUCCACACCGAGACGGCCGACGGCACCGUCGUGCCCAUCUGGGAAGAGGCGGCGCCGCACGACGUCGACACGAUCCAGGGCGUCAUGGCGCUGGCGGAGCGCGAGUGGAGGGACAAGGUGCAGCUGCGCUUCCGCAGGAUCCCUAUGACGGCCGAGAAGCCGCCGGACUUUUCCGACAUCAGCGAGCUGCUGUCGGUCGUGCUCAAGGCCAACAUUGACCGCUCGCCCAUCGUGCUCAACUGCCAGCUGGGCCGUGGGCGCAGCACCAUGACGGCCGUGCUGAUCCUGAUGAUCGCCCGAUGGCUCGACCAGCACAAGCCAGUCUACGACGAGCCGGACGCGGUGCUCGGCGGUCACGCCUUCCCGACGACGGACAGGGGAGCGGCGGCGGCGCCGCUGCGCAGCAUCGACGGCGGAAGCGAUGGCGCAUCGACUCCGCUCGGCGGUGGCGGCGGCGGCCGGGCCGUCUCGACCAGCAUCUUUGAUCCGCCGCCGUCGGACGAGGCCGUCAACCCCCGCCGCGAGCCGCUGAGCUACCACGUCAUCAACAGCCUGCUGCGCGUCAUCCCAAAGGGGCUCGAGGUCAAGCGGAUCGUCGACUCGUGCAUCGACCAGUGCUCGGGCGUCACGAAUCUGCGCGACGCCAUCGAGGACUCGCGGCUGGCGGCCGAGGACACCGAGGACGAGGCGCAGCGGCGCAAGCACAUCCAGUCGGCAAUCCACAACCUGCGGCGCUACUUUGAGCUCAUCAUCUUCCAGUCGUACCUGUCGCAGACGCGGCCGACGUCGCUCCAGUCGCAGUCGAGCUUCCGCGCCUUUGUCAUCCGCCAGCCCGUGUUCACGACGAUCGCCAAGGACUUUGAGAAGAUCGACAUCUCGACCAUCAUGCCGCUGCAGAAGGUCGACGCGAGCGACGGCGUGGCGCUGUCCGACGAGGUGCAGGACGUCGUGUCGCACCGCAGCGGCAGCAUCCUCAGCGCCUACACGAUGCUCAAGUCGGACUUUUUCAGCGGCAUCCUCAAGCUUGGCCUGCCGGAGCAGAUCGACGGCAUGCCCAACCUGCGCGGCGUGCCGCUGCUGCUGACUCCCCACCACGGCCUCACGGCUUCGGCCGUCACGCCGAGCGGCACGCCCCGGACGCCCUUCUACGCCCACGGCCGCGAGACGUGGGGCAGCGGCAUGCCGACCGUCGAGGGCCUGCGCCGCGGCCUGUCGCGGAUGGGCGCCGCGCCCAAUGGGCCCAACGCCGUCGUGUGGACCAGCCUGCGCGAGGAGCCGGUCCUCUACGUCAACGGGCGGCCGCACGUGCUGCGCCUGGCCGACCAGCCUGUGACCAACAUUGAGGCGACGGGCAUCACGACCGAGGUCGUCGAGGGCAUGGAGCUGUCGCUCAAGCACGACAUGCUCGAGGAGGCGCGCCAGCGCAACGGCCGGGUGCUGCUCCACGACGAGGUCGAGAUCAGCCAGGGCGAAUUCGACAUUAUCCCCGUGUGGGAGACGGUCAAGGAGGGCGACGUGCUGACGCCGCGCGAGGUCUACGAGCUGGUGCAGCGCGAGGGCUUCAAGGUCGACUACGCCCGGCUGGCUAUCACCGACGAGCAGGCGCCCGUGCCCGCCGUCUUUUCGCAGCUCGAGGCGCGCGUGAUCAAGGCGCUCCAGACGGGCUCGGCGUGCGUCUUCAACUGCCAGAUGGGGCGCGGCCGGACGACGACGGGCAUGGUGAUUGCGUCGCUCGUCUCGACCGUGUGGCACUAUGGCGACGAGAUGGUGACGGGCAACGACAUGGGCGGCUCGGCCAUGUUGGGCGGCGGAGGCAUCGAGGAGCCCGACUUUGGCAACCCCAAGGACGCCCUCGACAACCGCGAAGACGACCUGUGGCUGCAGGGCGAGUGGCGCACCAUCCUCCAGCUGGUGGGCGUGCUGAGCCACGGCAAGCUUGCCAAGAAGCUGACGGACCGGGCCAUUGACCGCAUGGAGGCGGUGCAGAACCUGCGCAAGGCCAUCUACGACUCGAAGCUGCGCGCCGACAAUGCCGAGGUGGGCACCAAGAAGCAAAAGCACCUGCACACCGUCUUUGUCAACUACCUGCAGCGAUAUGGCUACCUGAUCACGUUUGCAAACUACCUGCUGGAAAAGUCGGACGCGUGCGCCUUUGAGCCGCUUUCUGCGGCCUCGUCGCUCGGCGGCGGGCCCACGGACGACGACGAGCACAGCUUCUUCUCGUCGGUCGCCGGCGGGCGCAAGAGGUCCGAAUCGAUGAGCAGCAACGUAUCGACCUCGACGUCCAUGACGGGCAGCUCGUUCCUUGUCGCCCCCCUCGCCACCACCUCCGGCGCUACCGUCGCCAAGCACCAGCAACAGCAGCAGCAGCAGCAGCAGGAUGAUGGCAGUCGACGCUUUCCCACCUUCCUUGGCUGGUUGCAGCCCCGGCGGGAGAUCUUUAGCAUCCUCGGAAGGACGAAUCUCGAGUAG